GGUGGUUUGGGUGUGAAGGGAGAAACUCAGCAGGUGGAGCAGGUCAGUGGUAGGGAAGGGAAUAGUCGCCGUUUCGCGUGGAAACCCUGCACUAAAGUGAGCCAAGCGGAUGCAAGGCAAGAUGCGGCGCGUCAAUGCGAGCUGAGAUAAGCCGGGUCGGAUCGAGUCGGGCAGGGAUGAAGAGAACUGAAUUGAGUGGAGUCAGGCCGUGAAGCUGAAGGGAAUCGCGCUGAACGGAUUAGUUACUGCGACCGCGCCCCUGCAUUACUGCCCUCGCUCGGCUGAGAACGGCGGCUGUCGCCUGUCCGUCAUCCACCCAGGGACGUGGAGCCGAGCAACGUCGCCCCAGACAUUUCCUUCUCACCCCAACCGGCUUUGCACUCGCCAACUAUGGACGCGUUAAAAUCGGCUGGCAGAGCGCUGAUCCGGAGCCCCAGUAUCAGCAGGCACAGCUGGGGCUUGGCGCGGCACCACAAAUUGUCGGAAAACUGGACCGAUACAAAAGAAACCUUACAAGAAGGGAUGGCCUUUCACAUUAAAUAUCUUGGUGUGACAGCAGUGGACCAGCCUAAAGGAGAAGGAAUGGCAGCUGCUGCCAUUAGACGGAUAAUUACUGUGGCCAAGGCAAGAGGAAAGAAAUUCCUCAAAGUUACCCUAACUGUUUCUCCUCGAGGGAUAAUGUUGGAAGACACAACAACCAAUGAACUCAUAGAAAAUGUCUCCAUCUACAGAAUAUCAUACUGCACUGCAGACAAGACCCAGGACAAGGUAUUUGCAUAUAUUGCUCGGAGCCAUGUAAAUGAAACUUUGGAAUGUCAUGCAUUUCUGUGUCCGAAGAAAAAAAUUGCACAAGCUGUGACCUUAACAGUCGCUCAGGCUUUCAGAAUUGCAUAUGACCUUUGGGAAGUAGCACAAGAGGAGAAAUGUAAAAAGACUCGUGAAUCAUGUAACAUUCCUGAAACCGCAUCCCUCAAUGGAGCAACGAGAUGUGUAGAGCCAGGUAAAGAAUGCAAUUACAGCAAACGAUUGCACAGUAAACCAAGUCCAGAAUCCAUUUAUUUCACAAGCAGAAAUUCAUCUCGGUAUCACAAGGCAAAGCAGUCCAUCCUACGGAUCCCCUUUACACGCACUCUCUUGGGAAGAGGACGAUGGUCUUGAUGAUGCCUUUUCAAGACUUGCCGAGUCUCGAACAAGUAAACAACGCAAGAAUGUCUCCAAUUUUCAGGAUUCUCAGGUAAAGGAGACAAACCUGCCAGACACGGACACAAGCGAAGUGUUCUCAACCCUUACGGACUUGGACACAGGAGAUUUGUCACCGGUUCAGGCAGAACUGCCACUUUCUCAUUGAUUUGGAUAUCAUUCUAAUCACAGAACAUGCUGAGAAAAGAGCUGGAGGGAAAUAUACUGCUGGAAAAUCAUCUUUUUCCUCUUGAUGCCUUAAUAGCUAACCAUAUUUUAUAAAAACGUGUUUACCUUUGAACCAAUAUUUACACGCAACAACUGUAUUUGCAUAUUUGACAACCAUGCCAGUGAUUGAAUAAAUCCUAGACACUUCAACACUUUGUAGAUAAAGUGCUGAGAAAGGCAAAGAGGAUGGGAGCAGCAAUACAAAAUAUAAACUGACUUCAUCUAUGAAUCUGGCAGAGUCCACAGGAGCAGACAAGCAGCUGUAGUGCAUAAGAGUCAAACAUUGUGGAAAUAUUCAAAUACGAUUCCACUUACGGUCACCAAUCAACAGUUUCCAGGUGGUGGUCAAACAAGUGCCGCUGCUUAUCAGCUGCAGCAUAUGGGUGGGUCACUGCUAUCCUCUAGAGAACAGGCCAAGAGUCUAGUGGAUGCCCACAUACAUCACCUCUUCCUUUUGAUGCGUUCCUACCGUCAGUAACGAGAACUUUCUAGUCAUACAUUUUUCUGCAUGGCUGCUUUUUCGUGAGCUAGACACAAAGAUUGAUCGAGAUCAUUCAAGUACAAAUUGGAUGUACUGUACUUGUGUCGUGUAAUUGUAAAUUGUAGUGCCUGGGAGAAAGGUGGUGACUUCACACUCACACUCACACUCACUCCCCCCCCCCCCCCCCCCCCCCCACCAGGAGUUAUGGGUUUAACCUCAUUGAAACUUAAAUAAUGAAAGGCAUAGAUAGCGUGGAUGUGGAAAGGAUGUUUCCACUGGUUGGAGAGUCUAGGACCAGAGGUCAUAGCCUCAUAGACCGUGGACCGAAGUGCUUUUUAGUUUCAAUUUGUGACCCAAAUCACAUAUCUACCUGUAUUUAUAACAUAGUGUAAAAAUAUUAUAGAAAUCUUACCUGAAACUCGUCAAGAACAAAACCUGCACAUAUUUUUAUAAUAUGAGGAAAAACCUCCAAUUUUCCGAGUAGUAAUUGUCCAAUCAAAGCACGUUUGACAUUGAGUCAGACGCCAAUUGACCAAUCACGCGCUUUGUUUCAUGCUAGCUAGGCAGCGAGCACACUGACUGCGUCCUAACAUGGGGAGAAGGCAGGAACGGGGUACUGAUUGGGGAUGAUCAGCCAUGAUCACAUUGAAUGGCGGUGUUGGCUCGAAGGGCCGAAUGGCCUACUCCUGCACCUAUUGUCUAAUAACAUCACAACAAUAGCAAGGUUUGGAAGGAAGAAAGGUAAUGCUAACCACUUGCUGAUAAUUUUGUUUUACAACUGAUUUAUCUUUGUAAAGUUAUGAUGUUGUGAACUGUGAAAUAAAAAUGAUAAAUAAAAAUGUAGAGCUAGGGUUAGGAUUAGGGUCAGGCAUUUUCCUCUCAGUGCAAGAGGGUUAGGGCUGAUAGCUGCUGUGAGGGAUCAGUCGGGCAGUCGGGCUGUUGCAGCGAGCGAGGGGGCGGACUGAUGGAGCCGACGCUAUGGGGGUGCUGAAGGCGGCCCGGGCGGCAAGUAGGGCAGUACUGGCCGAGGUGGACGCGCUGAGCGGCCACACAUACGGAGACGGCAGCCAGUCCCAAAGCGGCUCCAGCCGUGGGCAGCUCGGGAUAGGGGAGCGAGUUAGGGUUAGGGUUAGGCAUUUUCCUCUCAGUGGAAGAUGCCUGAGCCUUCCCCCAGUCUGGCACUGACCCAGUCCCACUAUGGCUGUGACCCCCACUCUGCACACUGGCAGUCAGUGGGGUUCAGUAAACUGGGGAACGCACAGGAUCUGCCCUCACUCAUUAAUUAGGUGGGUUCAGGAGCCGGAGAAACCUGGGAUCUUUGCAGCAGUCCCGCAUUCAAUGUUCACAUAUACAGCUAUAUAUUAUUGAGCACAAGAGGGCGCUGUUACUUUUUCUAAUUAGAUUAAUUAAUUAGUGUGCAACUUUUUGCACUGACGAGUUAUGAAUUCAUUAUCAAUUAUGUUUCAUCUAAAUCUGUGCCAAAUUUCAGGUAGAUACCAGACAUGGGUCACAAAUGUUAAAAUCUAGAGCCCUUUUGGUACCUCGGCCUAUCAGAAUUAAAGGGCGCUCUUUUAGAAAGGAGGUGAGGAAGAACUUAUUUUGUCAGAGGGUAGUUAAUCUGUGGUACUCAUUGCCACAGAGGGCUGUGGAGACCAAGUCAGUGGAUAUUUUUAAGGCAGCGAUAGACAGAUUCUGGAUUAGAGCGGGUGUCAAGGGUUAUGGGGAGAAGAUAGGAAAUGGGAUAAGGAGGCCAUGAUGAAUGGCAGAGUAGACUCGAUGGGCCGAAUGGUCUAAUUCUACUCCUGUAACUAGUGAACAGAGAUGAUCAGUCAACAAUUCAGUCAAAAUUUUGUAGGUGAAUGUACGAUUUCUACUAACCAUUAAUUUUACUGGUCCUAUAAUUGUACAGUUGAUACUGGAGAUGACCAAUUUAUCUCUACGAUAGACAGACAACCUGCCAUUUCUACUCCAAGCACCAUGCGAUGAUGAAUUCCUGCAUGAAAAUACACAAGAAACAGCAGCAACAGCCAUCUACUACACACUAGCUAUAAAAGUGGCCACUGCCAUUUCCAUCCUCAGCUACACAAAUGUAAUCUUAAUCUGCAAACUCAAUACGAUCUUGGUUACAGAUUAUUGAUGGUUAAUAUUCUAAAUGUUUGAAAUAAUUAUGAAAGUUUAGUUUUCAUUAAAGAUAAAUGCAGCCCAUCCCUAAACAAGUCUUUUCAUUUGAUUUUGAAUGGUAUGCAUUUUUUUUUCCGAAAUGUAUAUUUCUCUAGCUUCAGCCUUUGUAUCACAAUGAUGGCCAAACAAAGAAUGGUUACAAAAAGUGGUGUUAAGUUUGUGUUUGUUCAACUUUAUCAUUGGAGACUGGUGUAUACAUUGUGCUAUGCUGUGCGUCUGUGAAAAAAAGUUAAUUGUUAAGUGUAAGUACAAAGAGGGUCAGUCUUGGCCAUCAUGCAAUUUAAGUCGCCUUUAAAGCAUAAAUGGUACGUUUUAAAUCUGAUUUUCACAAUGCAGCAUGCCCUCGCAUCCAUUUGUGAAAUAUUGUGAUCACUAAAGUAAUGUCCCAGUUACUAAAAUAUUAUUUUUACCAAAUAAACAAUCAGGUUAUUUCUUUACAUCAGCUUCCUUUACAUUGACAUAGACAAAACAACAGUUUGGUUGAACACUUGUGCUCUAUCCACCAAGACCUGCUAGAACUCUGGGUUGUCAACCAUUUUAUCUCCCCUUCACAUACCUUUGUCCUUGGCCUCUUCCAUUACCAGAGUGAGGCCGCACACAAACUGGAAGAACUGCACCUCAUAUUCUGCUUAGGCAACUUGUUACUCAAUGGUAGGAAGAUUGAAUUUGUCAAUUUCAAGUAAUACUCCCCUCUUUCUCCACCUACACCCCUCCUCCUCCACUUUACAUUUCACUCCUCUUUCCUUAUCCAACACUCUUGUCUCCUUUUCACCUCCACCAUCGUCACUAUUUCCACCCAUCUGCCAAUAACCACUUCUCACUACGUGCUAGGGUUUGCCCCACCCCUACCCCUUUUCCAACUCUCCUCCCCACUAGUCUGAAAGGUACAAAAUAUAAUCUGUCCAUUCCCUCCACAGAUGCUGCCUGACCCAGAGUUCCUCUUUCUCUUUGUUUUGCUCAAGAUUUAAGCAUCUGCAGUCUCUUGUGUCUAUGUUUUUCAAAAUUCUAAAUUAUAGUAUCUUGACAUUAUCAAUGUUCGAUGUGGAAAAAAAAUAUUUUAUAGUAUUGAAAACUUUCAAUCUAGGUCAUCUUUGUAUCAAUGUCAAGAUUUACAUUUAAGGAAGUUCUGAUUUGCAGGAUCCAGUGACAUAAACCAGCUUCCCCUGGACACAUUAUGCAUAAUUCCCAGACAACAGCAUUCAUGGGUUCCAUUUUGAAUGGUAACUAAAUGUUAAGAUUUUAAAAUGAAAAUAAACUGGAAAUGCUGCAGAUUUUUAAACCAGUAACAACUUUGGCUUAAGAAUGUUACUUUUCCAAUCGAUGCUGCAGUAAAAUGUAAAUGAAUUUGAAAAGAAAAUGGCAUUGCAUUUAAGGUGGACUUGUUAAACUACAGUUGUUAUAGACCUACAUUAAUAUAUAAUUUUGACCCACUUUCAUUUAAUUGAUAUUAUGUGGAAGAUCCAGCUUUGGCUUGGCACUAUUGCUUUUGCUGCUUUAUAUUGGUGCAUUUAAAAUAUAGCAAAUAUUUUUUUGAUAAAUAACUUAAUGGGGUUUUGCAGAAUACUGGAUAUUUAAUGUAAGUAAAAUAAUUUAUUCCUUAUUAUGGAUCUUAAUCACAAAUGUUAUAAUUUAUUACCAUCUAGUGCCGUUUAUAGAAAUCUUAAUUUUUCAGGUUAAUUAGCACAGAAUGGAUUAUUUGGAAUUGACCUGUGCCAUUUAAAGAAAAUAUUAACCUUAGGAUUAUGUUAGUAGUCUUGCAUUAAUUCAAAGCAUGAAGCUUUAAGUAAUUGAAUUAGAAAUUGAGACAGCACUAAUAAAUUUAGCAAUGAAUGUUUGCAGUUUCGUUUAUAUGCAACCAGGAUGCUUUAUUUCUGAGUGCAUGUUAUAUAAACACUACAGCAUUUGGUUUGGACUAAAUUGCACUGCAAUUUUGUUUCUCUGUAAAACAGCAAAAGUAGUCCUUCCAAAUACAAAUACUGCAUUAAUACUACCAAGUUCAUGCAAACUUAUCCUCACACUCAAAUUCCAACUGAGACUAUGUAUUGAAGGACACAAAAGGCAAAAUGACCAAUGCAAAGCUUGGUUGCCCAGAAUAAAACUCUGGUCAGGGAAUACUGUGGAUGUCGUACAAAUGGCAGCAUUGUACAAACCAAAUAUUUCAGCUACUAAAGUAAUAAUUCACAAUUUGAUAGUAUUCUAAGACUGUACAACUGCAGAAUUUUUGGAUAAAAUGUAUUAUACUUGAGAUAAAAUACCAGUUGUGAUUUUUAUUAAUGAACAUGUAAUAAAAAUCCUGAGACAUUUUAAA